CAUCAUACACAGGCGUCUCUAUAUAUAAAUAUAUUAUUAUAUUUAUAUUUUACGUGUAUAGCCGAGGUAGGUAUAAUACCUAUAUAGUAUUAUGUCGUGUGUGCGAUAAUCGUAUUCGGUAAGAAACUGGUUUCAAUUGACUAGACGCCGCACAGGAGUGCACGAGGAGCGAAAAUCGUAUCAGAUCACUGCGCAGUCCAGUCCGUCCGUCUGCAAGUACGCGAGCUGCUGCGAAAAAAAAAAAACACAAAGGACGAUAAAAAAUAAUCAUGAAGUGUUUAAUAUUAUUCGUGGUAGCUGUGGCGGCUUUCGCCGCGGUUUCGGCCGACAGGAUCAAACGCGCCCCGUUGAAAGUUUCAGUUUACUAUGAAUCUCAUUGUCCGGACAGCAGAGACUUCAUUAUGUCACAACUUCAUCCAUACUUCUGCAAAGUACAACAAUACUUGAACUUGAACUUGGUGGCCUUCGGCAAAGCAUAUAGUUCGGACCAAGGUUUUACUUGCCAGCAUGGACCCAAAGAAUGCCGUGGUAAUACAAUACAUAACUGUGUGUUGAAACGCAUACAAGAUUCCAAAGCUCAAGUAGACUAUGUGAAUUGUGCCAUGCACGAUCCGGACCAACCAGGACACAUUGAGAAAACGUGUGUCGAAGAAAGCGGCUUGGACGUUGACCAAGUGCAAAAAUGUUUUUCUUCGUCGGAGGGCUACGAAAUGAUGCUCAAGGCUGAAAUAGAAACCAAAACAAUGACACCCGGACCACUAUUUGUACCUACUAUCGUGUUUGACGAUGUGUACAACGAAAAUGAUCAAAAUCAAGCGUUCGUGAACUUCGAAUCGACGCUGUGUGAGAAACUGGCCAGCCACGGACAUACAAACGUGUGCUCGAACGGUGUGAUCAGGAACACUCAAACAUGUUGAACGAUUUAUGUACCAUACCUGAUAAUAAUGAUUUUAUUAAUAAUACUUUUUUUAUUAUUAGUUAUAUUAUUAUCAUUAUUAUUAUAUAGAUUAAGGUGAAUUUUGUAUAAAAAUAUUAUAUGUAUGUGUUUUUAAAUUUAUUAUUAACCUAGUAAUAUAUUCAUUUAUAUCAUAUUAUCAUUACACACGCAGAUACGAAAAUCCA